GGACGCGAUCUUCAUUCCAAUUGUGAAAAUUUGCCUCAUUCUUCCGUCGAUUUUCCGUUUGAAUACCCCGCCGUUGCUUCGAUUUGCGUUUCUGCGGCCCAUUUGAAACGCACUAGUACGUAAGCUAUUUAUUCCGCCGUAAAGCCACGCCCACGCCAAUGUCCGCGACCGCCCCAAAUCGCCAGCCGGAGCCGAAGUUCCCGGCCGCAAUGAACCGUGGAGCGGGCACGGUGUGCUCCAAUCCGGCGGUGCCCAAGUCGCCGGACGCACUCACCUCCUUGGUGGCCCGGAAGAGCAUCACGUCCAUGUCGGAGGAGGAGAUCAUCCAGGAGAACCUCAACGAGAUCCUCGACCUCAAGUCGCGCGAGGAGCGAAAAGCCAAUGGACGCCUGGUGGCUGUGAUCGUCUGUUUUCUGGUGCUCUUCCUGGCCGUCUACCAUGCCUGCGUGCGGAAGUCGGAGAACUCGCUGGCUGGCGUCCUGGUGCCGGCGGGCAUCAUGCUCUCCUACGGCGCCUGGGUGGUCGUCCUGGCCAAGCGGGACAAGCACCGGCGAGCCAUGUUUGAGCGCCACAUCGAGGAGGUGACGCUGAAGAACAAGAUCGAGCUGGAGGAGAAGCAUGCGCGCCACGCGAAGAAGAUGCAGUCGCAUCAUGGGCACUCCGGCACGGAUUCCACGGGCAGUGCCUCCAGCUCGCUGCACUAUGUGAACGAGCUGCUGCCGACUGCGGGCGGUGGUGAGCAUCGCAAGAAGCAGCGACGCCAUCGCCACAAGGAGCGCUCCGUGGAGCGGGAGGAUCACGAGCAACGCACCCAUCAGCGCCAACAGACGCCGGACAUCGGGGUGCAUCGUGGGCCGCCCAAGAGGCCCAGUUUCCGGCAGAAGCUCUUCGGCCAGACCAUCGCCCAUGUCAAGCUGGUGGAGGCGCAGAGCGACAGCACGGAUUCCGCUGGCGGAACGGGAGGUGGAGCGGGUGCGGGUUCGGGUUCGAAACCAGGUGGUGCCAAGCCCCAUCCCGGCGAGAAACGCCAGCGGCUACAGCGCCUGGACACAUUGCCCCUGGCGCAGGUGGUGCGUGUCAGCUCGAUUCCGUGAGAUAUAUCCAUGCAUUGGAUGUUGGAUGUAUGUACAUAUGCAUGUGGAAGUGGAGUAGUUUCUUUUUUUUUUUGGGGCGGAGGGCCAACCUCGCGAUUGUAUCGAAUAAAUAAAUGUAUUAUAAAAAAUAUAAA